AUUAAAUGUUUUAAUCCUUGCUUUUUUAAUUAAUUAAAGUCUACAAAUAUUUAUUUAUUUCAGGGAAUGCUUUAUGACGAGGAAGAGUCAGAAAACGGGGACAACAAAACGAGUGCCGCCUUCUCUAGUGACAAUGAGAAUAAUGUUGGAUAUAAAGAUGUGUACGAUGUUGUAACUUCGUCGGCAGACGAGGCUGUAAGUGAUGCACGCGGAACAAAAUACGUCGAUACUCGUUUGUUAGAGAAGAUCCAAGCAUUUGAGCCUGUUCUUGAAGAUGCAAAAGAAAAAAUAAGGAUGCUUGAAACAUCUCUAAAAGAAACAAAAUUGGUUUUGCAAGGACUUGCACAACAUAUAGAAGAAUUAAAAAGAUGAAAAAUGGAUUACCAGAAAAGGCAUUUGAAUUUUAUUUUCAUAAUAA